UCUCUUGUCCAUUUUCCUUUCCUCUUUCCACCUUUUCAUUACAUAUGACAGAAGAAAGUGGAGAAAUUGAAGUAUUUGGAGCUGAAAAAUACUUCAACAGAAAAGUAGUUGAAACUCCAAGAGCUGCUACAAAGUACCAAGUUGAGUAUGGAACUCCAAGUAUUAGUUCUAUAUCAACAUGGAACAGCCAAAAUGCACUCUUAAAGAGAGAUUCUGAAAAAAGUAUCAAAGAUAAGGUGCAUGCUAAGAGUGUUCUAUCAAGACUUGGUCUCAAAUGCUCUUGUUCUGAUAAGAAUUCUGUUGAUAUCAGUGAUCAUGCAGGUGAAAUCAGUUUUAAUAACAAAACUUCUAACUAUGGUGCAGUUCAUGAAAAAACAACACCAAAAAAAGAAUUCAAUCUUGGUCUUGAUGAUGAUAUUUCAAUUAAAUUAAGAAAGGCUAGUUCAGAAUUUUUCAUCAAUAAAGAUCUUUACUUUCAAAAGCAAGAGAAUUUAAGUGUAGGAUUAAACAGUGAAAUGAAUAGUUUCCCUUCUAACUCAAGAAACCAUCUUGUCAAAAUGCAAUUUCCAUUAGAUGAAGAAAAAACACCAAGAAAAUCAGUUGAAGUAUUUGGAUCACCAAAUCCAAUAUUGACCAAUAGCAAAAAAAGUUCCUUGAGCAUUGAUAAAAGGUUGAUAUUUUCUUCCAAAAUGGAAGAAAUUGUUGAUGCAAACUAUGAUGAUGAUGAUGAUGCUGGAAGUGAUGCAAGUUCUGAUUUGUUUGAGAUUGAGAGUCUCAAAGAAAAAUCUUCCAACAAUUUUCUCAAUAGACGGACAUCAGAUGCUGCUUCAACUUGUUACGCGCCGAGUGAGGCGAGUGUAGAAUGGAGUGUAGUUACUGCAAGUGCUGCAGUUAUGUCAGACUGUGAAGAUCAAAUGUAUGAAUUUACAGUAAGGAGUCCAUUAAAGGUACCAUUGAAACCAAAGGUCAUUAGGGAGAAUCCGAGGCGGAGUCCAGGUAUCUUGUUGGGAUGCAAGAGCCACAAAGCUGUUACUGUUAGAGUUGCUGGUGAUGCAUUCAUAACAUAUGAAAAACAAAGUUUAAGUCCAAAAAUUGGUAACAGAAUAGAAAACAAUGCUCUUUCUCAGGUGGCAAGGUUUCCAGGAGAGACUGAUGUUAGUGUCUCAGAGAGACACGUGUGA